AGACUCCACAUUUUCAAUCAAUCAAUCAAUCAAUCAAUCAAUCAAUUAAUCAAUCAUUCAAGAUCCGUCGAUUUCGAUGGAUUCGACGGAUCUUUAUUCAAUAAAGAUCCGAAGAGGAGGAGGAGGAAGAAGAGGAGGAGGAGGAAAGGGAGAAGGAGGAGGAGGAAGAAGAGGAGGAAGAGGAGGAGGAGGACGGCGAAGAGGAGGACAAAGGAGGGACAAAGAGGAGGACGAGGAGGGGGAAAACGAGGAGGAGGAAGAGGAGGGGGCGUACGAGGAAGAGGAGGAGGAAAAGGAGGAGGAGGAGGAGGAGGAGAAGGAGGAAGAGGAGGAGGAGGAGGAGGAGGAGGAGGAGGAGGAAGAGGAGGAGGAGGAAGAAGAGGAGGAGGAAGAAGAGCAGGAGGAAGACGAGGAGGAAGAGGAGGACGACAAAGAAGAGGAGGAGGAGAAAGAGGAGGAGGAUGACGAUAGGGAGGAGGACGGAGAGGAGGCGAAGGAGGAGGAGGCGAAGGAGGAGGAGAAUAGGAGGGAGGAGGAGGAGGACAAAGUGGGGUCGGGGGAGGGGGCAGGGCGCCAGGAGAGUGAGAGGCCGAUUGUCUCGCCUCAACCCCCUCUCACCUACCGCCCAACCCCCUAACCCACCUUUUCUUUUUUUUCCUAAAAUCAAUCAAUCAAUCAAUUAAUCAAACUAACAAAAAAAUAAAAUUGUCAUCCAAUC